UGUUGUGGUUGGUGUUUGUAGCCCAGGUAUGUGAAAGGAAUAAUUUUGUCUAUUUUCCCUUAAAAGUUUGUUGCUUACCUGCACUUUGACACUGUUAGGAACCUCCUUUUCUCCUGUGCUGUGACCACUGAUGUAUCUUCAUGACCCAUCUCAGAGGUGAGUGUGGCUGUGGUUGAGCAGUACUGGCAGCCAUUUCCUUCCCCAUUGGUGUCAGUGUGACUUGCUGUCCAUGAUGACUGAGUUGUCACUGAUGCCCCUUCAUCAUGCAGUAAUGACUUUAAAAGAUCCUGUGGGGAGAUUUCAACUUUCUACUGCAAUCAGCCCCCUCCUUGCAGAGCAGCAAGAACUGGAAAUCGUGAUGGUGUCUCAGCCAUGGUUGCGAGCUCUGGCUUGGGUUGUUGCUCACAACACGGGCUUGUGUUGCCCGCUUGAGGCGAGGCGGGGGAAAGCACGCAAUCGGCGAGGAAAGAUGAAGCCCGUGCUUCCCUGCCUCUCCCCCGCUUGCAGUAGAUUGCCGCGGCCACCCGCUCCGUCUCCACAGCAGAGGGAAGAGGUAUCGGCAGGCCCGGCAUCGGACGGUGAGCGGGACGCACCGGGCAACAGCAGAACACAACGCAGGAGGAUAUGUGAAGUUGGAAUCCCACUAAACUAAUGCUGUGAAGUGGCUCUGUCCCUGGAGCCGAGACUUCAUCCCCUUGGUGUCAGCGAGGAUGCUGUGGGUUACCUUGCUGAGCACCAUAGCCUUAGGAUGGACCACCCCGAUCCCACUACUAGAGGACUCCGAGGAGAUCGACGAGCCCUGCUUCGAGCCCUGCUACUGCGAGGUCAAAGAGGGCAUCUUCCACGUCCACUGUGACAGUAAAGGAUUUACAAAUGUCAGCCAGAUCUCCCAGAUAUGGAGUCGUCCCUUCAAGCUCAACCUGCAGAGGAACUCUAUGAGGAAGCUUUACUUUAACAGCUUCCUCCAUCUCAACAAUGCCAUAUCCAUUAAUCUGGGUAAUAACGCCUUGCAAGACAUCCACGCUGGAGCAUUCAAUGGUUUAGGAAUACUUAAACGGUUGUUCCUACAUGAAAACAAACUAGAAGUUUUCCGGAACGAUACUUUUCUGGGGUUGGAGAGUUUAGAGUAUCUCCAGGCGGACUACAAUGUUAUCAAACGGAUUGAAAGUGGUGCAUUCAGGCACCUUCACAAAUUGAGAGUGCUCAUACUAAAUGACAAUCUGAUCCCUGUGCUCCCAAAUUACCUUUUCCGGUCUGUGUCACUAACACAUCUGGACCUGAGAGGAAACAGACUUAAGACAUUGCCGUAUAAGGGUACGCUGGAGUAUGUUGGAAGGAGCUUAAUGGAAAUCCAGUUGGAGGAGAACCCCUGGAACUGUGUGUGUGAGAUUGUCCAGCUCAAAACAUGGCUGGAGAGAAUCCCUUAUACAGCUCUGGUUGGUGAGAUCACAUGUGAGUACCCAUUCCACUUACAUGGGAAAGACUUACGGGAAAUCAAGCGUAGUGAGCUCUGUCCGCUGCUCUCCGAUGCAGAGAUUGAGGCCAAGCUGGGAAUUCCCCGGGUCCCAUUCAGCAAUGAGAACACAUGGCCUACUAAACCUUCCUCCAUGCUCUCCUCCUUUCACAACACAGCCUCUUCUGUGGAAUACAAGGAAAGAGUUGUCAAGCCUACCAAACGACCUCGGCCCACAAAGAACCCCCCAACCCCUCGUAGCAUCUACCCGGGCAUGAACCAGCCCCCCAUUGCUGGCUACCAAACAAGGCCUCCCAUUCCAAUCAUUUGUCCAGCUGGGUGUACAUGCAACCUUCACAUCAAUGACCUGGGGCUAACAGUGAACUGUAAAGAGAAAGGCUUUCACAACAUCUCUGAGCUCCUGCCUCGGCCCCUCAAUGCCAAGAAAUUGUAUCUCAGUGGGAACCUAAUACAGAAAAUCUACCGUUCUGAUUUCUGGAACUUCUCAAGUUUGGAUUUACUGCAUUUAGGGAAUAAUCGGAUAUCGUACGUCCAGGAGGGCGCCUUUAUCAACCUGCCAAACUUGAAGAGUUUAUAUCUGAAUGGGAAUGACAUUGAGAGGCUCUCCCCUGGGAUGUUCCGGGGACUUCAGAUGUUGAGUUAUCUUUACUUUGAGUAUAAUGUCAUACGUGAGAUACAACCUAACUCGUUCUCCCUGAUGCCAAACCUCCAGCUGGUUUUCCUCAAUGACAACCUGUUGCGCUCGCUCCCCUCUGACGCCUUUGCUGGCACAAACCUUGCACGCCUCAACCUCCGCAACAACUACUUCCUUUCCCUGCCUGUGCGUGGUGUUCUGGAGCAUCUGACCUCCAUUGUCCAGAUUGAUCUCCAUCAGAACCCCUGGGACUGCUCCUGUGAUAUCAUCCCCCUCAAACAGUGGCUUGAAAAGCUCUCCUCUGUCAUUGUGGUUGGAGAUGUCAUGUGCAAGACACCUGAGUUUGCUUUUGGGAAGGACCUGCGUUCGCUGGAGGUUGAGGUCAUCUGUCCUGAGCUAAAAUAUUCUUCAGGCCCCUCACCGGCCCUGCCUGGUGGGGAUGACCUCACCACGGGAAGCUCUGACAUGGGGGAAGCGGGUGGGAGAGGGGCUGUCCCACUGUCUGUCCUCAUCCUCAGCCUUCUCAUCCUCUUCAUCUCUGCUGUGUUUGUGGCUGCUGGGCUUUUCGCCUUUGUUCUUCGUCGGAGGAAGAAGCUGCCCUUCCGGAAACGUUCUGAGGUAGAUCUGACGGGGAUUCAAAUGCAAUGCAGGAUUUUUGAGGACCCACCAAGGCAGAGUAGUGCCGGUAACACUGGCACACCAGAGAAACCGACACCCAGUAUGCACACACACACUCACAAUAGUCACACACAUGCCCAUGGUCACGUUUAUGAUUACAUCCCUCACCCUGUGACUCAGAUGUGUAACAACCCCAUCUAUAAGCCUAGAGAGGGGGAGAUAGCAGAGGAAGAUAGAGCACAGUUUUUGGAGAAGAAAGACAAUGGCAGCAGUAGCAACAGUAACUACAGAACCUUGUUAGAGAAAGAGAGAGAGUGGACACUGGCCGUCUCCAACUCUCAACUCAACACCAUCGUCACAGUCAACCACACCACGGCUGACAUGGCAGGAUUUCAUGAGAAUGGAGGGCUCUGCCCGACAGUAAUUGACAGUCAGAGGCCCACUCCAACAGUGGGUUUUGUAGACUGUUUGUAUGGGACAGUACCCAAACUAAAGGACAUGCAUGUGGCGCAUGCGCACCCACCAGGCAUGCAGUACCCGGAUUUGCAGCAGGAUGCUCGGCUGAAGGAGACAUUGCUUUUCACGGCGGGGAAAGGCUGCUACCCCGACCCGUCUCAAAGCGAUUACCUCGAGUUAAGGGCCAAACUUCAAACCAAGCCGGAUUACCUCGAAGUCUUGGAAAAAUCUUACCGGUUUUAACAUCACUAGCCCAUGGAGAAAAAAAUGAAACACAAAAUCAACACAUUCACUUUGCCACCCUCAAAACAAAAUCACCCAAAACCAAUACGAAAAAAUAAACUUGAAAAAGCAGCAUGAUA